UCGGGCGGGAGGUGGGGAGGGCCCCGGCGUGCGGCAGGGGCGGCGGCGGCCCGGGGCACCCCCGCCCGCACCCCCCCGGCCCGGGGCGCCCCCCGUGCAGCCCCCGGCCCGGGGCAGGGGAAGCACCCGAUCAGGCUUACGCUAAAAUAAGUUCCCGAGCGAAAAUAAGUCGAGGAGUCAUUUCACCCUUUGCAGCGUGCCCGGGGUUUUAAUAAUGCGCUUACCCUGAAACCCCUCCCUCCCCAGCUACGGAAGGGUCCGUGAGGUUGCCAAAUACUCUUCACCUGUUCAUUUUUUACAUCCGUCUUUUUUUUGUUUGUUUGUUUCCUCCCUUGAAUUCUGGUUGCUGCACCUCUGUGACCAGGCCAGAGCCAGCUGUGCCAAAUGUUGAUUUGGAGAAAACUCGGGCAGCUGAGUUGUGAAUACUCGAAAAUUGGAACUAGAAACUGCUGACACACUGACUUGCUGAAGUGGAUUUUGUUCUUCAUUUUAUUCUUUCACUCAUCUGCAAUGGUCUUAUGACCACUCGUAUUGUUUUGUUUCAUUAACAAGUGGUGUCAGAAGUCUUGAGUCAUGCAAGGUCAGCUAUAACACGGUGCUCUUGAGAAGGCUUCCUCUGCUCAUUUUUCAGAGAUACUUAACUUCUAGUCCUUGCCUCGGCCGAGAAUCCCAUCCUAUCCUUUUUCUCUGGGAUGAAGUAUUUAUGGCUACGGAGAGCUAAAUGGUAACGCAGGAGAAAGAGAAGUGUCAUUAAAGGGCCUGUGCUCUGAUGAACCCACCGCCCCAGGAUCCAGGGUACCCAAUGGCAGCCAGCAGCUCGUAGACACUAACGUGACCCCAAAGCAGACUGUGAAGGCCAGUGCUUUGGGGAAGGCUGGAAUCAAACCCAAGAACUUCAUUCAGAAAAAUAGCAUGGACAAAAAGAAUGAGAAGUCCUACGAAAAUAAACUUAGAGAAAGCCAGUCCUCAGACAAGCCAGAGGGAGUGUCUAUUCCAAAUGGUGUGGUAACCAAUAAUUCUAGCUAUAUCACGAAUGGCUACGUAGGCAAAGGGGCCGACAAUGAUGGUAGUGGCUCCGAGAGUGGAUAUACUACACCUAAAAAACGGAAAGGCAGGCGCAACAGUGCCAAGGGUUGUGAGAACUUGAAUCUAGUACAGGACAAAAUAAUGCAACAGGAGGUCAGCGCACCAACCUUAAAACAGGAACUUGAGAGUUUCAAGCCUGAUUAUAGCGAACAAAAGGGGAACCGAAUUGAAAAUACUAAGCCUGUUUGGAAAUACGAGGCUGGGGCUGGUGGAGCAGGCCGGGGAAAGCCUGGGCUUGGGGAUGUACAGCGAAAAAACUCUGAUGCCAAACCUGGGAUUAGCAGCAAGAAGUUUGAUGACCGGCCCAAAGGGAAGCACGCAUCGUCAGCUACAUCUAAAGAGGACUCAUGGACCUUAUUUAAGCCACCCCCAGUUUUUCCAGUGGACAAUAGCAGUGCUAAAAUAGUUCCCAAAAUAAGUUAUGCAAGUAAAGUCAAAGAAAACCUCAACAAAGCAGCUCAGACCCCAUCCACGUCAUCAUCGUCAUCUUCGUCAUCUGCCGGGGAAACUCAGGCCCAAACAUCAAGUCGACUGUCCCAAGUCCCCAUGUCUGCUAUGAAAUCUGUGACUUCUGCUAGCUUCUCGAAUGGGCCAAUCCUAGCAGGGACUGAUGGAAGCGUGUAUUCUCCAGGGACCCAGCCACUGCUCUCAACUGCUGCUAGUACUGUACCAUCAGCCUCCUCCGAGUCAGUACCCCAGGACAUGAGUACAACUUCAACAGCUCUCGAACAAAAGAAAUCUAGCCUUUUUAUCUACCCUUCAAAUAUGCAAACUGUGCUUAUGGGUACAGCGCAAGUCGACUUCCCAUCGCAGACGAAUCAGCAGAACCUGGGAGAUAUCUUCCAGAAUCAGUGGGGCUUGUCUUUCAUAAACGAGCCCAGCGCUGGACCCGAAACUGUUGUGGGGAAAUCUGCAGAUAAUCAGUUAAUGGAAGUGACAUUUCAAGGGGAAUAUCCUGCCACUUUGGUUUCACAGUGUGCUGAAAUCAUUCCCUCAGGAACUGAACAACCUGUGUUUCCUAAGGCUUAUGAGCUGGAUAAACGGACUAGCCCUCAAAUUCUUAGUGCUAUUCUUAAGCCUGGGACUGCUGUUGAGGGUGGUGUCUUAGCUUUGGAGUUGCAUCACACAGGUGACCUACAAAAGGCAGACACCGGUAGCCAAGGUGCUUUAGUGUUUCUUUCAAAAGACUAUGAAAUAGAGAAUCCUCUGGCCUCUCCUACGAACAAUUUGCUAGCCUCCGCCAAAGAACAGGGGUACCAGAGAGGCCUAGAAAGGAAAGAUAGCUGGGGUUCUUUUGACCUGAGGGCUGCUAUUCUAUAUCACACUAAAGAAAUGGAAUCGGUUUGGAAUUUGCAGAAGCAAGAUCCCAAAAGGAUAAUCACUUACGACGAAGCCAUGGAUCGCCCGGAUCAAUGAAGGUAGCAAGACGAGACUGCCUGUUAUAACCUUUCUGCAGCAUUUGUGCUGUUCGUGGGGGACAAAAGGCUUUUAUGCUCCUUCUAAAUCUUCAGUGCAGCAGAGGAACCAUAACUAGAAUCACAGGAUAAUAUAUACAAAUAUAUAUAUAGUUAUUUAAAAAUGGCAACUGAAAGUAAUUAGACUUCUUAAGGAAUCUGAAAAUUUAUUUCAACGAGACUACACACGUGAUUAUUUAAUCUCCGGUACUGAAUAGAUUUUUUUCCUUUUUUUUUGUUUUGUUUUUGUUUAAAGAGUGAAUGCAAGUGAUUAACGAAUACAGACUCGAUUUACAAGCCCGGUUCUAAAGUUUCUGCUGUCGUCUACACGGGCAGCAGCAGCCCACUGGAGAGGCAUUUCCACUUGACAAGGUUUCUGUUUCUCGUUCUGUGACUGUAGUGACACACUAAUCACAGGGAAAUCGGGGUGAUUCACCAUCCUUCAUCCCCCCUUUCCCUUCCACCUCCCCUAUUUGGGUUUUUAUUUUUUCAGUUUUGUUUUCCAUUGAAUGCUGGAGAAACGCCUUGAAGUUUGCAGAGUUUCUUUUUUUAUUUUCCAGAGAAUUAUAAUCCGCAUGUUUUGCCAGGAGUAAAGCAGCCAAUCCUAUGCUGGGGAUAUUGUCUUAAAGCGUCAUUCUUCUGGGGGAAAGAUGGUAACACUGCAGUUCUAGGAUGCAUGGUGAAGCCUCACAGUUGGCCUGGCUCCGGUUACAUGUUGGACUAUUGCAACUGAAGAGUUCUUUCAUUUUAAAAGACAACAUGCAAAAAUAAGCAAUCUGUUUAGGCAUUUAAUAUGGAAAAAAAAAAAACAAAACACCAACAAAAAACCACUGUUCCCAUAGCUUAAUGCCAUUGUAUUACUGGGAGCAAAAAAAAAAAAAAAAUCUGCUUUCGACUGUAGGUGCUUCAUAUUUGCUCUGUCUGUCUCCUAACACUAAACGUGCCGGAUUUUUUUCCCAUUUUCAUUGGAAAACGGAAGAGGAAUUGAGUUCUGCUAACUUUCACCCUUCUUGAAUUAUUUUUUUUUCUCUCUUAAAAAAAAAAAUCAGAAAAAAAAAAGAAAAGGAAAAAAGGAAAAAAAAAAAAAUAAUCCUUUUCAAUUUGUCCAUAGAAGGCCAAUGGCUGGGCUUCCCGCACCUGCCCGUUGGAAAUGCUCUUUUAUAUUUUAAUGCAGUCUGUGUAUUUCCGGGCUCUGCUUCUAAUUAUCUCUUAAUAAAAAUAUAUUUUAUUACAAAAAUGGAGGACUUAGGAAUGAAAAUAAUAAUUUAAAAAUAUUAAAAAAAAAAUAAAAUUAAAAAUCUCCCAAGGACAGGGAAGCUCCCUGGCAGCGGUAGAGAAGGCUGAGCAGACUGCAGGCUCCAGCUGUGUAACCCGCUCUGUCCCAUUGCAGCUUGUGCAGCGCGUCCAAAUCAUCUCGGGGUUGGGUAGUUCUUCUGGCUUGUUUUUUGUUGUGUUUUUUUUUUUUUUAAAAAAAGUGCAAAGUUUUACAGGGUCCAGUGCAAGAGCAAGCAGCCAAUGCAGCAGCAAUGGGUUUCCUGACCCACCCGAGCUCCACCAGGCACCCAGUGCUCACCGGGGGGGAUGUGGCUGGAGGCUGGCUAAUGCGUGGCCGGGCAUCGGGCUCGGCAGCGGUUGGUGUCCCCCAAAAUCAGCCUGGACCCUCUGGGGCGUUACAGGAAGCAGAUAAGCCCAGAACUUUUGCCUACCCCUUGUGCUUAGAUUUAUCCACUUUUUUUUUCUUUUUUUCUUUAACCUAGGAGUAUGUAGCAUGUGCUUUUUAAUUGUCUUUAUUCUUUUAAUAAGGUUGUUCCUGAAUGAGACGUUUAGGUUCAUGGUGGGACAAUGAAGCUUAAUUCUGUACCUUUUGUAAGAUUGCUAGCUUUCUGCCACGCUUAGUCUUAAAAGUUUGACUAUGGAUUGCCUACUCCAUUUUAUGUAUAAAAUACUAUAUAGUAUAAUACCGUAGUGUAAUACUAUAUAGUGCUCGUGUAUUGUAUCAGUCCAGGUUCGGAAACGUGUGGUUGGCCAGUCGCAAAUAGUUCUGUUUCACCUAUAAACUGUACCGCCUUCACAGGUGUGUGUAACUUUCAGAUGUAUGACAUGUUUACAGAUGUGCCCGACGUCUAGUCCUCCGACGCUCCUAUUUUUGAUUCUGUUGAGUCUCCCAACUGCUUGCCAAAAGUCGGAAUCGCGUCCGGCUCCGCUGCGGAAGAGCUGGGGCGUUCCUGAGCUUUAAAGUGUUGAACAAACUGGAUGGUGGGGCUGGGAAGAUUGAGGUGGAAGAAAUGGUCUAUUUUAUUUUCUUCUUUAUUAUUUUCGAAAAGUUGAAGGCUAAUAGCAAAGUUUCCAGUUUGUUUUACUGGCUUUAAGGCUCUGCUGUGUAUUUAUUUGCCUUGUGUAGUCACUUGUCGCCUUAAGGGCUGGGUUCCAUUAAAAAAAAAAAAAAAAAGACAAAAAGACCAAAAAAAAGAGUAAAAAAAAAAAAAAAAAAAAAAAGACAAAACCAACCCCUGUUUUGCUUCCCAGGGGUCUGCGCUGUCCUGGUACCCCCGGCCCCAGCUCCGCUGUCGGGGCUGGCGCGAUGCAGAAGCUGAACAGCAAUAGCCCGUGCUGAAUCUGACCCUGCGUGUUUAGAAAGAUCCGAGUCUUGCUAAAUAUUUGAGGACGCUCAUCUUGGCCUAGUCCGGUCCGUCUUCUAAAUAGCGAAAGAAACGCUGAAACAAACACGGUUCAAGUGAUGGGUUGGGUUGGUUCCCCCCCGCCCCCGAUGUUCACCCCUGCUGCUUUUCCUCGCUGCGCGCGGCCCCUCGCCGGUGGUACCCAUCCAGAAACACCCUCUGCAGCUUCUCCGCUGUAUUUCUGACCAUCCUCUCUUCAAGCGUGUGUCUGUCUGUCUGUCUCCGUGAGCUCCAGGGCGUGUGCUCAGCGCUGGGCAGUUAGGAAAUCCUCUCUCUGAGCUCCUGGAGCUCCGGCUCGCCGGCGCAGGCGGGGUUUCUGGGAUAGACUAUUGCCUAGAGCCAGGCAGGACCGCGGAAGGAACUUCCUUGUGCCGUCACAUAACUCGCCCUGUCGCUGUCUGCAGUCCUCCCGAAGUCCUCACACAAUUCUUUACUGAGCACUUAUUAAAAAUAUCUUAAGAUUUAAUCUGUUUUUCUGAUUAUUUUUGUGUAAACUUAUAAAAAAAAAACCUGAAAUUGAGCUGUGACUAAUUUAGCACAUUUAAAUAAUGCUGAGGUGUUACUGAUAAGUCUUAUGUUUUGGUUUCCUUUGUUUUUGUUUGACUCAGAGUAUUAGUACUGUAGCAUAAACCAAAUACAGCCCGGGAAGGGGUGCGGCAGCCUUCUCUCCCGGGUGCGCGCCCGAGGGUGUCUGUGCGUGCGCGGGGGGCGACGAGCUGACGGUGCGUGUGCGAGCAUCUCGCGUACGGAGAGCGAGCGUGUAUUUAUUUGUGCCAUUGUUCUCAUUACACUGAGUAAAGUUGUAAAACAGAAACCCUUACGUACGUGUAGUAUCGGAAAGUGGCACUAAGGGUGAAAUCAUGACCUAUUUUUUUAUUAGCUAUGAAGAUACUAAUUCAGGUUAAGGCUUUUCUCUCCCCUUUCUGUUCCCGGUGCGGGUCUGACGAGUCCCUUUCCUCCGGCUCCCUUGCCAGGCUUUCUAUUUAUUGGAAUAACAAUUCCUGCAGGGGCAGGGGCUGUCUCCUCUCCCCUCCGGUCCUUCCGCACCGCUCCUCCUCUGCCGGCGGGUCUUGUGCCGCGCGGGCUGGAGCGCGUACCGCCGGCCGGAUCCAGCACGGCAUCCGCGCUCUUGGGCGGAUCAGGGAGUGUUUCCUCCACUCCACGAGACAGUUUAGAAGCUGUUCCGUGCUCCCGUUCCCAGCGACGGUGGUUUGGGGACCUUCGGCCUCUCUGCUCCCUCCCACCCCGCCUGUCCGGCGGAUUGGCAACGCGAUGGCUUUCAAGGUUUGGUUGGAGUUUGGUUUUGGUUUAAACCCACCUCAGUCGUCUGUGAAACCCUGUUUUCAUCGGUAGAAACCUCUCGUCUCUUUGACGACGUGGGUAGCUCCAGGGCAUGGUUUCUGUCGCCGACCCACUUCAAACCAUCGCCCUUUCUGAACCGUAAAUCCCGCUGUUUGCCUUUCGUAGCUGCUGUGAACUUCUCUGAAAUGCAGGAAAAAAACACAACCCAAGUCUCAUUAGGUCGUGAGUGUGCCAGCUAUUGGGCAGCUGAGGCUGGCAGCGAGCGGCGGGGCGAACCGCCUAGCUAAACCGAAAGGAAAAUCGCUUCCUGCGAGGAAAAAAAGGUUAAAAAAGGAGAGAUGGAAGUUGUUCUCUCAGCCACGUGUGCACUUAGCGCCUUUCACCUGCAAGAGAGCGUUACCGCAGGGCGAUAGCGUCCUUUCCAGCAGUGGCCGGUGGGGGACACGCGGGAGCGAUGGCGGUCACAGGCGUGUGUCGGAACUGCUGGUAGUUUUCCUGUGCGUUCAGUUUUUUGCUCUUGAUUCAGCAUUUUCAGUGACUUGCUAUGGUGUCCGAAGCUUUCAGGAGUCUCGUCCCUAGAAGACUUUUCUGUACGUACGUCCAUAGCGAUGUGUGUUCCUUACAGAGGCUGUUUACAAGGGAGAUGGUCGAGGUCAGGAGGGGAGAGAACAAGGCUACGCGUAACUUAAAGCUGCUACACAUUUUCACACCGGUGCGUCAGGCAGGAGGAGGGCUGGGGCUGGAAGAACUCUAGUGUGGUGGAGGAGCUGAAGAAGCCAGAGUAAAUCUAGCUUUGGCCACCGCAAGGGCAUUUUUUCCAGGCGAAAAAACCCUAGCGCAAGCAGUUGAGAAGCAGGAACCCGGGCUGGUGCGAAGGAGCAGAAGAUCUCGGUCUGCGCUGCCGGACGCGCUGCCUUCCAGAGAUUACAGAGCUUUAGACAUUUGCACAAUACGCGUUACACCACAGGGUAAGGCUGGCUUCCUUGCAUCCCGCUCCAGAUCCUCAAAAGCGGCAUCGCUCAGCAGCGCGACGCCGAAGCAGCGGCCGUCUGGGGGGGUGCGAGGGAGCUUCGGGGCGCGAGACCCUCGGGGACAGGCUGCCGGGGGCGUCGGGCUGCUCCCUGUCCUGGGGCGGGAGCAGGGGACGUACCUGUGCUCUCAGCAGGGGAUGCUGAGCUGUAUUUAUCUUGACUGUUAAUCAGAAAGCUUCGUAUAACGUGUCCAGAGCUCUAAAGCCAUUUUGUAAGAUAGCAGUAUCCCUUUUCUACAGCCUUAUUAAUGAGUAGGGUAUCUUAAAAGAAGAAAAAAAAAAAUAGUUCAUUUCUCUCUGUGGUAUGAAACUUGUGUACUGCGAACAUACGAACGUUUAGCAAAAACACAACUUGCAGAUUUCUUAAAAAAAAAAACAAAA